UAAAAUGAUCAUCCUGUACACUUGGCUUUGACAGCGAAUGACGUACAACGAAUAGGGUUAAGUACGACUUGGCACUUUUACUUGGAUUUUCACGAAUAGAAAUUGUUCAAUUUUUUGGCUAGGGUUUGUUAAAAUGUUGAAAGUUAAUAAAAACACGCGAUAGGACUAUUCGUAAUAUUAUUUGUCUAUCUAUCUCUUUCUAUAUUUCCCUUACGUCAUCUUGACAAUGCAGUGCAACACACACCGUGUGCACUAGGGUGUUUCGUUCGAAACCGAAAUCGGUUAGUUUUUUGUUACGAGCUAGUGAUAUAUGUAGGAUCAAAGUCGAAUGUAUAAUACGUACAACCGAAUACAUAUUAUAUGUAUAUAUAUGAUAUAUUAAAGAUAAACUCAGAAACGAAUGAAAUUAGGAAAGAAGAAAUGGAUGGAUGGACGGAUAGAUAUGGGUGGAUGGAUGAUUGGGUGGAUAGAUUAGAUGGAUGAACAUGGAUAUAUCAAUCGCUCCGAAUUUAAAUGCCGAAGUUUACAGAAAUUUGUCACAAGCCGAUCGUCCAACUGUUACUGACAAACAUCUACAACUUAUAUUAGUAUAUGAUGAUAAUAAUGCUAUUCUUGGUGGUAGUAAUAUGACAGAUCGGUUUUGGUCUGGUACUGUGUGGUAUUACAAUGACAUUUCAGAUUUUACAAAAUCCAAAGCUUUAUUAUCAACAAAAACUAUAACUGGUAUAACAACGGGAGCAUAUUUAGAAAAAGACAAAUUUAUAAUUGGUGAAGAUAGUGGUUUGUUACAAAUAAUUGGUUUAGUUGAAACAUCUGAGAAAGAUACAUUUGAAUUACAAUCUUUUGGAUAUGCUUGUCAACACGAUGAUACUAUUACAAGUAUUUCAGUAUUUUCUGAUAAAGAACGUUUAGUUAGUGGCGGAAUGGAUUGUUGUGUAAAGGUCUGGGAUAUAUCUAAUCUAAUGUCUACAGAUUCAUUCCAUUCUAGUCACAUAGAUAUUGUAACUGGAGUUGAUGUACAACAUGGAAAUAAUUCUGUAUUUAUAUCUACAUCAUUAGAUAAUUGUGCAUUAAUGUGGGAUCUUCGAAAAUCAAAACCUGCCACCUGUAUUUUAGAAAAAUAUGGCUAUGGUUUGACUUCAGUAUCCUGCAGUCCUAUUUCUGAUAAUAUCGUAGCAAUAGGUGCAAUUGAUGGAAGUGUUACGUUAAUUGAUAUUAGAAAUACGGAUGACGUAUUAUUCGAGUCAUUUGUAUUUUCCAGAUCAAUACAUAAGCUUUUAUUUAAUCCAAAUCCAGAAAGGUCAAGUCAAUUAGCUUGUUGCUGCGAUGAUGUAGUAUUUAAAGUUAUUGAUACAAAUAAGGAUUGUAAUGUUAUUUAUGAAAAUAUUACACAUACAGAUUUUGUCCGUGGACUCGCUUGGUACAAAGAUGAACUGUUAUCCUGUUCUUGGGAUGAUCAAGUUUUAAAACAUACAAUUUAAUAAUUGUAUAAUUGAACAUUAAACUUGUUACUUUUAUAUUAAAAUGAACUCUGAUCAAUUGAUCAUCAGUUUAAUAAAAAAAAAGAAAUGUUAAUGUUUCUCUACAUUUUUAAUGCAGUUUUCAUUUCAUUGUUUUGUUUUCAUUUACAAAUUUGCUUAGAAUAGUCUUUUCUUUGUUUUUUUUUUUUUUUUUUUUAGGACCAGAGAGCGAGCAAUAUUCUAAUUAAUAUCUUAGAUAUUAUUUCCUAUUGUUCUAAGUCAUUUAUAAUUACCACAAUUUUUUUAAAUAAUGCUCAAAUGUAUAGCAAUAUAUAUAUUGGAAUGUGUGGUCUUGUAUAAACUAUGAAUAUUUCUAUUAAUUUCUUUUCUUUCAUAUUGGCCAUAAUUCAAUUAAAUUAAAUGACAUUUUUAACAUAAAUAAAAAAAUCAUUACAUCGAGAUUGAAAUAUUUAUUCAUCAUGAAUUAGACAAAACAAUGUCAUUUAUAAAUAAAUGGAAACACCUAUGUCUUCUCAUCCGUUGUUGAAUAAAAUUAUUUAAGUGCCUAUAUGUUAGAAAAUAGAUAAAUGCAUUUCUUUGCAGAAGAAUAUGACAUAAAAUCAUAGAAUGAGAAGCAUAUGUAUUAUAAUGAAUUAUAUAUAACAUGAUUUCAUUGUAACAUUCCCAUUUCAGUACUUGAGAAAAAUUAAUCGAGUCUUUUUAAUCCUCAUACGUCUUCUUCUUUCCUUACAAAACUAUUCGCCAUUCUUCCAUACGCGUUGAGCUUUUUAAUAGAUUACAAACAAACAAAAAUUAUUAAAUUAAAUGUGUAUA